ACCAUUCGUAGCUUAGCAGCAUGGAUGCCUCAGCGAGAUACAUCGUAGAGAGGAUGCUCUGCGAUGCUCAGCAUCUCUCUGAGCAGGGCCAUCUGAAAGCCCACCAGCUCAACUCGAUCCGCUCGCAGCUCACGCCUCUACUCAACAGCCGUGACGCAAGCAACAUUUCAGCCGUCCCCUCGCCCUCGCCUCGAGUCGCCUCACCACCAGCAUCGACAACGCCCGGCAGCAUCUCUCACCCGUUGUCGCAACUCGCCAUCGGCAAAGUUCCCCCACCCCCGCCAUCGCCCUUCAGGAACGAGAAGGCAUCUUCUCCAUCUCCUCCAUCCCGCGACACCGUCAAAGCUCUCUGGGCAUUCGAUGCCGCUGGCGGGUCUGAUGAGCUGCGCUUCAGCGUCGACGAGGUCAUCGAGGUUCUUGACCGAUCGGACAAGGAUUGGUGGAGGGGCAAGACGAAAGACGGGCGUGAGGGUUUAUUCCCAGCCAAUUAUGUCGAGACAGUCGCUAGCCCGCCUUCAUACGCUGCAAACGGCUUCAAAAGCAACAAUGGCGGCGGGGACACAGAGAAGCGUUGGAAGCCCCCCACGGCCAAGUGGUCCUCAGGCAGCACUGCCACCCCUCCUCCCCCUGCUCCUGCUAAUGGUACCCCUUCUGCCAACAACGGCGCCACGCCUUUGUACGGCGGUUAUGCUCUAGCUGAUCCAAACGCUCCGGUCCCCGCGCCGGGCCAGUCGGUCAUGGUUCAAGGACCCAACGGCCUGCAGCCCUACGUGCCCACAGAGGAGGAGCGCAAGAAGCACGAGAAGUUCAAGAAGAUUGGGGGAAGGGUAGGGAUGGCUGCAGCUAGUGGUGCUGGCUUUGGACUUGGGGUAAGUGUAGGCUGUUGGAUGAUGAAUCGGCAAGCGCUCGAGCUGACCAUGAUCCUCCUCCCCACCAUUGUUGCGCGGACAGGCAAGCCUCGUCUCACACAUGUUCUGAUUUUGUCUAUACCUCACUUUCUCUUCCUUCUUCCUUCGAUGUCUUUUUGCCUGUUGCCAAUCGUCUUCCCUUCUCUCGUCACGAUACUGUAAAUCA